AUGGGCUCUGGCCGGGACGGGAUGACUCUGUUCGGCCAGAGGACCACUCCGAAGAAGCGUCGGAAGUCCCGGACGGCGUUCACCAAUCACCAGAUCUACGAGCUGGAGAAGCGCUUCCUGUACCAGAAGUACCUGUCCCCCGCCGACCGGGACCAGAUCGCGCAGCAGCUCGGCCUGACGAACGCGCAGGUCAUCACGUGGUUUCAGAACCGCAGAGCCAAGCUAAAACGGGACCUGGAGGAGAUGAAGGCCGACGUGGAGUCGGCCAAGGCCGUAGGCCAGGUUCCCUUGGACAAGCUCGCCAAGCUGGCGGAUCUGGAGAAAUGCGCCAACGGCACGCUGGGCCACCCGCGCCCCGAGUCACCGGCGCGGGGCGGCAAGCAGAACCACGAGCUCGCCCAGAAACUGCGGUCGUCGCCGCUGUCUCCGUUCUCAGACCACACAACGAGUAAAGAGUGCUCAGAGGACGAGGACGUGGAGAUUGAUGUGGAUGACUGAUGGCGCAGCGUGGGGCCGAGGAGGCGAGAACAAACACAGAGAGACGAUAAAGAGAAAAAAGAAAAUCCCACCGAGGACUUGUAACUUACUGCUUAUAUUGUAUACCAUAUCUCAGAACAUGUACCAAAAUGUAAUGACUUUUAUAUCGGCACAGAUAGACCUAUUCAUAGUGAAGCAUGAACACUGAACCAGAAAUAUGCAGUGGUAUUUUACAGUGUAUCCAUACGCGAACUGUUACUCCAUGCAAUCAGAGCAAUAUGGUCGAACAUGAACAUGAGUAACUUAUUAUUUUUUUACACUGCAGGCCAACACACACACACGUACACACACACACAAACACACACACACACACACACAGAAAGAUUUACACGCGCACACUUGUUCCAUUGCUUUUUCUAAAGGCCUGUGACACACACACAUACUCACACACACACACACACACACACACACUCAAAGUGCUCCAGUUUUCCAUACUUUUGCAUGUAAAUGCAUGAUUUGAUUUGUGAUCAUUAUAUAUUUAUUUUGACUUUAUAAUAUUAUAUUUUUUUUAAUUUAAACGCUUUUGUCUUUUCCGUGAGCCAAGUCGCCAUUAAGUCACUUCUGUCACUGCCGGCUCCUCCUCCUCCUCUUCAUCAUCACCUGCCUUCAGUUCAUAUAUUAGUGGUACCCGAUGCUGCAGUGCAUGAUGAUGAUGAUGCUGAACGUAAAAAAGGCAAACUCGGACAUUCACAUGCUUUUUGUGCGUUGUUAUUCUGGGAAACUGCUCCAGCGAUGGCGAGGGAACAACACCAGAGAACACUGCGGUGAUUUUGACGAGCUGUAGGCUACUUUCAGAUUUAUUGUUUGGAUACAAUAGAUUUACAGUUAUAGCCGAAAUUUGUUAUGUUUUGUACACCUGUAAGUGCCUUUCUAAAAUCAGGACAUUAUUUGAAAAACCAAUGCACAGACUGUAAUGUAUAUAGGCUACUA